ACUUGUUCCUUCAAAUCUCGUCUUCUCCAACCUUUGACCACUGCUCUGACUCUCACUCUAACUUCCUCUUUCUCUCUCUUCUUCCCCUGUUUUCUCCGGCCAAACAACAGAGCUCAGUCUUAUAGACUGAUAGAACCAUAACUCACACUUCAUUUUUCCUUCAGAUCUCUCUUCAAUGCCUAAAAUUCCAUUCUUCUUCUUCCCCUUCUCAUUGCCCAUGUCUUAUUUUUGACUGAUUCAUCGCACACCCUUUUCUCUUUUCUUCUUCUCGUCUCUGUUUCCGAUCGGGUUUUUUCUUGGAGCCUCCAAUGGCGGAACCAGUAGCAGAGCCUAAGGCAUUACCCGAACCCGAAAAGAAGAAGGAACAGAGCCUUCCUUUUCACCAACUCUUCUCUUUCGCAGACAAAUACGACUGGUUUCUCAUGAUCCUUGGCAGUUUCGGUGCCAUUAUCCACGGCUCUUCCAUGCCUGUUUUCUUCCUCCUUUUCGGUGAAAUGGUUAACGGAUUCGGCAAAAACCAAUCCGAUUUUCACAAAAUGACAGCUGAAGUCUCUAAGUAUGCUCUGUAUUUUGUCUACUUGGGUCUCAUUGUCUGUUUCUCAUCAUACGCCGAGAUCGCAUGUUGGAUGUACACAGGGGAGAGACAAGUGAGCACAUUGAGAAAGAAGUAUUUAGAAGCUGUUUUGAAACAAGAUGUUGGAUUCUUCGACACUGAUGCCAGAACGGGGGAUGUUGUUUUCAGUGUUUCAACAGACACUCUUCUUGUACAAGAUGCAAUCAGUGAGAAGGUGGGGAACUUCAUUCACUAUCUUUCGACGUUUUUGGCUGGAUUGGUGGUGGGUUUUGUGUCAGCAUGGAGAUUAGCUCUUCUGAGUAUAGCAGUAAUUCCAGGAAUCGCUUUUGCUGGUGGUUUAUAUGCUUAUACUCUCACUGGACUUACUUCAAAGAGUCGAGAAUCCUAUGCAAAUGCUGGCAUAAUUGCCGAACAGGCGAUUGCUCAAGUUCGAACUGUUUACUCUUAUGUUGGGGAAAGCAAAGCCCUGAAUUCCUAUUCAGAUUCUAUUCAAAACACAUUGAAAAUUGGGUACAAGGCAGGAAUGGCUAAAGGGUUGGGUCUAGGUUGUACUUAUGGCAUUGCUUGUAUGUCUUGGGCACUUGUCUUCUGGUAUGCUGGAGUCUUCAUCCGAAACGGCCAGUCCGACGGCGGCAAAGCCUUCACUGCUAUAUUCUCCGCCAUCGUUGGUGGCAUGAGUUUGGGGCAGUCGUUUUCCAAUUUGGGAGCAUUCAGCAAAGGGAAAGCAGCAGGGUAUAAAUUGAUGGAGAUUAUCAAGCAAAGGCCUACAAUCAUUCAAGACCCAUUAGAUGGGAAGUGUUUGGGUGAAGUUAAUGGCAACAUUGAGUUCAAAGAUGUAACCUUUAGCUACCCAUCCAGGCCUGAUGUGAUGAUCUUCAGGGAUUUCUCCAUUUUCUUCCCAGCUGGGAAGACCGUGGCUGUCGUCGGUGGUAGCGGUUCUGGGAAAAGCACUGUUGUCUCUCUCAUUGAAAGAUUCUACGAUCCCAAUCAAGGGCAGGUUUUACUAGACAAUGUAGACAUCAAGACAGUGCAAUUGAAAUGGCUACGUGAUCAAAUUGGUUUAGUGAAUCAAGAACCGGCUCUGUUUGCAACAACCAUAUACGAAAAUAUUCUCUACGGCAAACCCGAUGCAACGACGGCGGAGGUGGAAGCUGCCGCGGCUGCAGCCAACGCUCAUAGCUUCAUCACGUUGCUCCCCAAUGGCUACGACACUCAAGUGGGCGAAAGAGGAUUACAACUAUCCGGCGGCCAAAAACAGAGGAUUGCCAUAGCUAGAGCUAUGUUGAAGAAUCCCAAAAUCCUUCUCCUGGAUGAAGCCACCAGCGCGCUCGAUGCAGGCUCAGAGAGCAUAGUUCAAGAAGCUUUAGACCGUUUAAUGGUCGGAAGAACAACGGUGGUGGUCGCACAUCGAUUAUCAACCAUAAGAAAUGUCGAUUCAAUUGCAGUUAUACAACAGGGCCAAGUCGUCGAAACAGGAACUCACGAAGAACUAAUCGCAAAAUCCGGUGCUUAUUCCUCGUUAAUUCGAUUCCAAGAAAUGGUUCGAAACAGAGAAUUCUCAAACCCGUCGACCCGUCGAACACGAUCUUCACGACUGAGCCAUUCGUUAUCAACAAAAUCGUUAAGCCUCCGCUCCGGCAGCCUCAGGAAUUUGAGCUAUUCCUAUAGCACCGGCGCCGAUGGCAGAAUCGAAAUGGUCUCAAACGCCGAAACUGACCGGAAAAACCCUGCCCCAGAUGGCUAUUUCAUUCGUCUUCUUAAACUAAACGGCCCCGAAUGGCCGUAUUCGAUAAUGGGUGCUGUUGGGUCUGUUCUCUCUGGUUUCAUCAGUCCAACAUUUGCCAUUGUCAUGAGUAACAUGAUCGAGGUCUUCUAUUACAGAAAUUCAUCCGCCAUGGAAAGGAAAAUUAAGGAAUUCGUAUUCAUCUACAUUGGAAUUGGGGUUUACGCAGUAGUAGCUUAUCUAAUUCAGCAUUAUUUCUUUACAAUCAUGGGUGAAAAUCUCACUACCAGAGUCAGAAGAAUGAUGCUCGCAGCGAUAUUGAGGAAUGAAGUGGGAUGGUUCGAUGAAGAAGAACACAACUCAAGUUUAGUAGCAGCAAGAUUAGCUACUGAUGCAGCUGAUGUAAAAUCCGCCAUUGCUGAAAGAAUAUCAGUGAUACUACAAAAUAUGACUUCGCUCUUCACUUCUUUCAUAGUUGCAUUCAUUGUUGAGUGGAGAGUUUCUCUUCUCAUCCUUGCAGCUUUCCCUCUACUAGUUCUUGCCAACAUGGCUCAGCAACUUUCUUUGAAAGGAUUUGCUGGGGAUACUGCAAAGGCCCACGCAAAGACAAGUAUGAUUGCAGGGGAAGGUGUGAGCAAUAUCAGAACAGUGGCUGCCUUCAAUGCACAAGACAAGAUUCUUUCUCUGUUCCGCCAUGAGCUUCGUGUGCCACAGCGACAGAGUCUCCGCCGGAGCCAAACGGCGGGGGUUCUUUUUGGUAUUUCGCAGCUAGCUCUAUAUGCUUCUGAAGCUCUAGUUCUAUGGUAUGGUGUUCAUUUGGUCAGCAAUGGUGGAUCAACAUUCUCCAAAGUGAUUAAAGUCUUUGUUGUCUUAGUUGUUACUGCCAAUUCUGUGGCGGAGACUGUUAGUCUUGCUCCUGAGAUCGUUAGGGGCGGCGAAUCGAUUGGUUCUGUUUUCUCGAUUCUUGAUCGCUCGACGAGGAUCGACCCUGAUGAUCCUGAGGCAGAGACUGUUGAGACACUUCGUGGGGAAAUUGAACUUCGACAUGUUGAUUUCGCGUACCCGUCUCGACCUGAUGUCAUGGUGUUUAAGGAUCUUAAUUUGAGGAUCAGGGCUGGCCAGAGCCAGGCAUUGGUUGGAGCCAGUGGAUCAGGGAAGAGUUCAGUGAUUGCCUUGAUUGAGAGAUUCUACGAUCCGAUUGCCGGGAAAGUUAUGAUCGACGGGAAGGACAUUCGACGCCUGAACUUACAAUCCUUGAGGCUGAAAAUUGGGUUGGUACAGCAAGAGCCAGCCUUAUUUGCAGCCAGCAUUUUUGACAAUAUUGCAUAUGGAAAAGAUGGAGCAACAGAGGCCGAAGUAAUAGAGGCAGCAAGAGCAGCCAAUGUACAUGGCUUUGUAAGUGGACUGCCUGAUGGCUACAAGACACCAGUUGGAGAAAGAGGCGUUCAGCUAUCUGGUGGCCAAAAACAACGCAUAGCAAUUGCUAGGGCCGUUCUCAAGGACCCCACAAUCCUACUCCUUGACGAGGCCACCAGCGCCCUCGACGCUGAGUCCGAGUGCAUGUUGCAAGAGGCUCUUGAAAGGCUCAUGAGGGGCCGAACCACAGUCGUCGUAGCGCAUCGCCUGUCCACAAUCAGGGGAGUGGACAGCAUUGGCGUGGUCCAAGACGGGCGCAUUGUCGAGCAAGGUAGCCAUAACGAGCUGAUAAGCCGAGCCGAGGGGGCUUACUCAAGGCUGUCGCAGCUGCAACACCAACAUAUAUGAAAGGGGUGAGGGUCAAAAUUUUCCUAUGGAGCAACAUGGGGUUGUUGGUUGUUAAACCAAAUUUGGGGUCCCAUUUUAGAUGAUGUUUUUUUUUUUUUUCCUUUUUCAUCCUUCUUUUUUCUUUUUUCUUUCUAGUUGUAGAUAUCAAUCUGGAAUGUGCAAUCUAUUCUAUAUCAUGUUGACUGCUCCAUUUCCAAUGGGAAAAAGGCAAGUAUCUUAUUAUAAUUGAAAAUUAUGGUGCACUGCAUGAACCCCUUUUAUCUAA